CGGUGAUGCGGCAGUCUUGAGUCUGCUUCGUAAGGGCUGCAAUCUAGAUUGCAAACAGUAUCGCACGCCCUUUCUCCAGCAGCUGCAGGCACCACAAGUGCUGCAACGCGAGCACUUCUCUGUGUGAGAGAGCGCUCUCCCACCACCAGCACUGCUACACACGCUGCGGCACCCUAGACGCCAUCGACGCGACGUCUGAAUUGCAUGCGCGGCCUCCCGACGCUCCUGCGCCUCGCCACAAGCCGCGCAGCGACCCGCACCAUGGCGACGGGCGGCAGCGCGGUCGACACGCUCAUUUUUGAUGUGGACGACACGCUGUACCCCGUGAGCAGCGGCUUCUCGAAGCACCGGAACGGGCCGAUCGUCGCCAAGUUCAUGUGUGACGAACUCGGCUUCGAAAGUGAAGCGGAGGCUCUCAAAUUGAGGGACGAGGUCUUCCGGGCGACACACUCGACGCUCAAAGGAUUAACUUUAGCUUCACAGGAGGGGCGCCUGCCGAAACCCUUCGCGGAGCCCAUGCUCGGCGAGUACUGGGCGGCGCACUGCGACUUCGACGCGUACCUGCCUCGCAAUAAUGAAUUUCGCGAACAGCUCGGUGAAUUAAGGGAGCUGGGCUACAAGCUCGUCGUGUUUUCGAACGCGCCGCGCAAGUACGCGCGGCGGUGCCUCGACUCGCUGGGGUUGCGCGAGUUCUUCCGCGACGACUUCAUCUUCGGUGUGGAAGAUGUGAUGCCGGCGUGCAAGCCCGAGGCCGCGGCGUUUCGAACGGUGCUCGACGCCGUCGGCGCCGACGCCGCGUCGUCGAUCAUGUUCGAGGACUCGCUGAAGAAUAUAAGGGCAUGCCGCGCGCUGGGCAUGCGCUGCGUCUUCGUCGAGGAGGAAGUGGGGGGCGAGGCGGCGCUGCUCGGGGACGCGGCGAAGGCCGGCGACGCGGAUCUCUACGAGGCGAAGGUCCGGCGCAUCGCGGACCUCAAGGGCGCCGCGCCGUGGCUCUGGGAGAAAGUUAAAGUCUAGGUUAGUG